AUAAAAAUUACGCUACACUAAAUUUUUCCCUUAACCAAACUCAGGUAGUUUCGGUGCGGUAAGACAAAAGAAACAUGGCUCAACAAAAUAUCCCUACUUUUAAGCUUGUUCUCGUAGGAGAUGGUGGUACUGGUAAGACCACUUUCGUCAAACGCCAUUUGACUGGUGAAUUUGAAAAGAAGUACAUUGCUACUUUGGGUGUCGAGGUUCACCCCUUACACUUCCACACCAACUUCGGUGAACUUUGCUUCAACGUUUGGGACACUGCUGGUCAAGAGAAGCUUGGUGGUCUUCGUGACGGUUAUUAUAUUCAGGGUCAAUGUGGUAUUAUUAUGUUUGAUGUUACUUCUCGUAUUACUUACAAGAACGUUCCUCACUGGUGGCGUGAUCUUGUCCGUGUUUGUGAAAACAUUCCCAUUGUCCUCUGUGGUAACAAGGUUGAUGUUAAGGAGCGUAAGGUAAAGGCUAAGGCCAUCACCUUCCACCGCAAGAAGAACCUUCAAUACUACGACAUCUCCGCCAAGUCUAACUACAAUUUCGAGAAGCCUUUCUUAUGGCUUGCCCGUAAGUUGGUUGGUAACCCCAACUUGGAAUUUGUUGCUUCUCCUGCUCUUGCUCCUCCUGAGGUUCAAGUUGACCAACAAUUGUUGGCUCAAUACCAACAAGAAAUGAACGAGGCUGCUGCUAUGCCUCUUCCUGACGAAGAUGAUGCUGAUUUGUAGAUUAGCUCAUUGUCUUGGUCUCCUACUAAUUGAAAGCGGGUCGCAUUUCCGUCUGCGUGUUUUCAAGGGAGCUUUGGUUACGGUUGAAAAUACCCCUUUUUCAAUUUGAAGAAAAAUUAAUUUCAGUCUACACUUUACUCGAUUAAAAUAUUAUGGGGUUUACUAAAUUUGGAUGUUAGUCUUUUGUUGCUUAUUUUUUUCAGAAAACUGUAUACUUUGUAAU